UGGACGAUGGCCAACGAGAGCACUUCUCGAACCUGGCGCACCUACUCUCCACCCUCGGAUACGAAUGGGCGAAGCCGACACAUCACGCGGAUGGCUAGUCCUAUCGGCGAACGUUUUGAGUGCAUUGAGUGUUCAGGGCAUUCCAUCCCUAUUGUCUUGGAAGAUCCCGACGCACUCACACGUUCAACCGGUAGUAGAAUGUGGCGCGUGUUUGUGACUUUUUGCAUUGUCAGUGGGACGUCGCCGUGGCCGCUUCACGUUCGCUUUGCGAAAGUCGCUGGUGCCAGUUCAAGACGCGGCAGUGGCCUUUUUCUGGUCGACGUUUUGGACUCGGCUAGGCGUGAAGCUCGUCGCAGGAUGCUGCAGUCUCCUUGCACUCGCGUUGAUCCCAGCGAUCCCGCUUUCGACGUUGUGGCCGAUCAGAUGGGCGUCACGUGGCUGGUUGCUGAGAUGUUGCGGAAGCCGCGUCUUCAGCCAGUCCAAUUACAAAUUCGCCUGGAUGGAGUCAGUCAGACCGGCCACAGUGGUUCCCAUUCCCUCGUCGAUUCACGCGAUCUUACGGGGCUCGGAUUACAGUACUGUCAUGCCCGUCUCUGUAGCCUCGAGCAAAAGGCAAUUGCAAGGGGUUUGUUAGGCGGAAACGGCGACGCCGAUGAAGAAAAUGCGCGACUCGUGCACUCCUUCUACGAAAUACCAUCUAAUCGUCCUUCUCGUGAAGUGGAAGAGGAGGUCUGUGCACAUCUGGCCACAUUCCCGGAGGUCUUAACUCAUGCCUAUGUGAAAUACGAAGCUGACGGCCUGCUUCGGUACUGCUCCCACCUAACUGGCCUUGUAAACCGGGCCUGGCGUUUCUUGCCUGUCCUUACGGCCGAAUCCGAAAACUUGGCUUUGUCGCGAAUCGCAAUUUUCAAAAUGGCUCGGAACACCCUGGCUACAUGUUUAGCGAUAAUUGGCGCGAAACCGUUGUCAAAAUUAUAG